CCUCGGCAGAAACACGGACUGCACUUCACUAGUUCCGUCAGGGAAAAACAGCCGAUGCAGUCCUCACCUCCAGCCAAUAUCGAUCAGUGGUGAAAGCGUGUGGCCGUAAUGUAACUCGACAGACUCCAUCAGGAACAACCGGAGUGACCGCACUUCAAUGGCUGACCAGAGCUGGGUGUGGAUGUGUUGAUAGCCUGGUAGCUAGCUCACCUGUUAGUGUCAGAGGGUGGCGAUGGAGAACAUCGAGGAGCCUUCUCCCCUCCGGAUCACCCCUACCGUCCGGGCGCUGAGCUCCGCACUGCGGGGGAAGCGUGAGAAUGUGCCCGAGUCCAGCCGGAGAGACGGCGACAGGAUCUUCCCCGACCCGGAGAAGCUGUGGUUCAAGGAGAGCAGCUCGAAGAACCUUCGGAACAGGGACUUUCUGUCGCCCUCCACGAUGCUCAACACGCUGUAUGCGGACGGACAGGUCCCUCCGCCAGUGAUGUCCAGGGUCCUGUCCCUACGUGGCAGUGGGGUUCUCCCUGUGGCUGGUGGGGAGGUGAUUGGUGAAGGGCUGAGGGUGAGGGUGGACCGGCCCGCAGCCUUUAAAGCCGUUCUGGCAGGUGGAGCCACAGAGUAUCUGAAGCCCUCCAGUCAGAGGCAAAGCUGUGUGGUGCUUAACUGCCCCGCGCUGCACCCUAAACCCAACACACCCGCUCCUGAAACACUGACUCUAGGCCAGCUGAGGACUGUUCUGCUGGCUGACCACAUGGGAGCGCUGCUGAGAGGACAAGGAUUUGCAGUUUCCUAUUGCCCAACGCUUCCCCAAGACAGCGACAUCAGCACCUUUCUGCAAGCUCUGGGAAUCGAUUGGCCGACAGCCCCAGCAAGCUGGACCAACGAUGAGCGGGAGGAGAAGAUCCAGGAGGCGCUGGAGAACUGCCCGUACAAAGAGAGGGAAACGGAGAGAGGCAGGAGGACCAGUGGUGGUGGUGGAGGAAGGAAGGCAGAGGAGGGGGAGAACGAGGGAGCGCUCAGGGUCAACCUGAAAAGAGUGUUCCAGGAGGUGGGGCUGCUGGGAUACGACCCCAGCCUGGGUACCUGCACAGUACAAAGGGACAGUGUUGCACACCUGGCACAACUGGACCUAGCCACAGCCGACUGCACAGUAGCCAUGGCAACAGCGUUACAUGUGACUUCCUGUCAGGAUGAGUUCCGCCAGCAGCAGAUAGCAAUGCUGUGGAGAGCCAGUGGAGCAACGCACACGCAGAGACAUCUGGUGUGUGGGCCUGUGAAGACUCCUGGGUCUCACCUCACCGCUGCACAGUACCUGCAGCUGAGAAGAGAACAGAUGAAGGAGGCCUCAGAGAUGAAGUAUGGAGAUCAAGUAGAAGGUCAGACGUGGGAUGACAUCAUCAGGGUCAUGACUUCUGCCACAGUCCGAUUUGAGCUGCUGUCUACAGUCCACACUAGUCCUGUGACACUGGAUGUCCAGAGGGAAGGGGGCGUGUCCACCAAAGGGCCGAGAGGAGGCGUGUUUGUGAUGUACAACUGUGCCAGACUUCACACUCUGUUCGACAGCUACGAGAGAGGAGUGGAGAAGGGUCUGUACCCAGAAAUCCCUGAGGGCUCCCAGCUAGACUUCUCUUCUCUGAAAGAGGAGGGCGAGUGGCUGCUCCUCUUCAAUUACCUCAUCCCAUUCUCCGAGCUGCUGGACCAAUCAGGACAAGUGCUAGAUGGGGAAGGGGGAGGAGCCAGAGUCAAUAUAAAGACUGAACAGAUCUGUAAAUUUCUCGUGUCUCUCAGUAAAGACUUCAGCUCGUACUACAACAGAGUCCACGUGCUGGGGGAGCCGUUGCCUCAUCUCUUCAACCAGAUGUUUUGUCGCCUGUAUCUGUUGAGAGCCUUGAGAGAGCUCUACCACAGCGCUCUGGACACCCUCAACCUCCCCCCCAUCAGACAGCUAUAGCCUCUAUAGAAUUCACUCCGGCCAUCAGUGUUAGCCCUACCUCCCCACCCAUCACAAACACACACACACACACAGACAAAGACACACAGACGCGCUUGUAGCUUCAUCAUAUAAACACUUUGCUUGGAUAUUAAUGUGUCCAUGUGACACAUUGUUAGCUUCCCCUGUUUUUGGCGUUGUCACAGCCAGUGAUGAGAUACUGUUUCACCGGCUCACUAUGUAGCUUCUACAGCUCAAUGUGAAUGAUUCCAUCAAUCCUCUAAUGUGGCAAUGGGGAUGUUAAGUUUAGCUUGAUGUGGUCGGACUGGUUUUGUUGGAAGCUGUGCACAGAAUUCAUAUUUUGGGAAAUCCUCCUAUUUGCUUUCUUAUCAAGAGUAAGAUGAGAAGGUCGAUAAAAUUCUUAUAUAGUUUCCUGAGGGAAAACAAUCUGCCCGCUAGCUCCUCUAGAACUCGAACAUUAUCACAAUAUAUCUUGGAUAUUAAAUAUAAACAUAAACCGUGUGAAAACAAUAAUCUGAUAUGGGGCAUGAGGAAACAUGCCGUAAACCUGCAAAGUAUAAUUUGACCCGGUUGUACAUGGAGAACAAACAAUGUUCAAUUGGAUCAGCUUCAAAGAUUAUGGAGAUGCCAAUUUCCCGCCGUUAGCAGUCUUCAUGCUAAGCUAAGCUAACCAGCUAAAUGAGUAGUAGUGAUCUUCUUCUCCAACUCUGGGUGGGAACGUGAAAAAGGUUGAUUUCCCAAAAUGUCAAAAUUCUCCUUCAAGUUUGGAUUAGCUGCUACAUUGAGGUGAAGGGGAUUUUUGUCCAUCACACAGACCAGGCAGCCAAAUUUGAACAACCAAAUGUGGCAAAUGUACAGCGAGUCAGUUAACGAAGGUUUGUUCUGUUGAAGCUUUCAAUUAUAAAUUCUACUCUGGUCAUUUGAUCAUUUUGUGCUUUUGUAUGCCCUUUAACCCAACAACCCACAAAACCUUCUAUUUUGGUCCCGUAAUCCCAACAUUACUCUUGUGUCCAGCCUGAACUGUAGUUUACCACCUCACAUUGAUCAAUGCCAUAUAAAUAUUUAUUGUCAGUUUUAAAAUCGUUAGAUGUCAACAGAAUAUAUGUAUAUUCUGCAUCCUGAGUCUUAAAUGCUGUGUUGAUAUGAUUUUCCAGAACCCUGGAGUUGUAGUUAUUGUGCUUGACAAAUCACAAAUGUUCAGUAUCAAAGAUGUACCAGAUUAACAGGUGCAACGGCAAACAGCACCUUCGCAGUAACUAGGACUUUGUGCCAAAAUGUUAGGAAAUGCAUGAAGUGGCAUGAAAAUAAGAUAUUUAUUAAGAGUUUUAUGAGAUAAGAUGUAAUUUAUAAACUGUGGGAAAGAUAAUGAGCCUUAGUUGAACCUUCGGUAUCUCUGACACAGGGAAAUGUGUUUGUUGCAACUUCAUUUUUGGUAAAGCGUGCCAUAACCUGUUUAUUUUUUUUAAAUACCUGUCGUUAAAACAAAACUGUUGUAUCGUACACAAAGAUCAAAUAUCUUUCAAAUUCUCUUCUCACUGCAUGAAAUGUUAUCUGUUCCUGAAUUUUCACAUUUCUUUUUUAUGGGAUGGUUUUUGACUUUGUUUUUACUAAAGAAAAGGGAACGAGAGGUUUGCAAUAAGCAGAUUUGUUUACAGUAACUGUUGUUAACUGCCAUAGUAAUUAUACAGCUGUAUUGAAGCAGCAGAGAUGCAGGAUGAUGGACUUUUUUUUUUAAUACCUUAUACUGGAUACUGUAUAGAUGCCACUUGUUCACUUGCAUCAACGGUUGGACUCUCGUGUUGCUAUGUUUUCCACCAUGAGACCUCAACAUCUCUGACCUUCCACCAUUUCUCGUUCCUCUCUCCUUCCCCUUCGCUGUUUCCUCUCCAAUGACUCCUCAUAUACAGAUUUUGACCUUGCUAAUUUCAGGGCCGCAUGUUUUGGGUGUUCAACUACUUGUGAUUCACUUUUUUUUUUAAACUGAUUUCUGGAAAUGCUGAUAAGAAGCAUGUUUUCUGUGUAAAUCAAACAGCUACAACACAAUAAAAAAAGAACACUUCUAAGUAAGGAAAGAUUCGUUAAACCACACAGCUUUGUAAUGGUCAUUAACAAUAUUAUGAGAAAUUAUAUUUCUGAAGCAAUAUAGCCUCAGCUGUAUAGGCUAUUCCUUCGUAUAGUGUAAAAUCUCGAUACGUCUCUGACCCGUGAGUGUAUCCACUCAUCUGAAUCUAAGUAUUCCUGCCAAACGUCCUCCAACACACAUCUGUCCACCUACAGUGUUAUUCCCAUCUGCAGAAUGAAAAUAACUAAGACUGGCUCCCUCGCUCUGUGUUUUCCUCUGUGUCAGACUGAUACAAAUAAAGAAACUGCUCCAUUGUUGCAAACUGCCCUUAGGCCCCAUAAAUACAAUAACCCACAUACUGUAUGGAUAUAAAUAAUAUGCUGUUAACAGUGAUCCAUCAUGAUAGAUAAAACCCUGUUAAUGUGAUGUGACAUAGGUCGUUACUCUUUUUCUCUUCUGCUUCCUAUCCCCUCGCCUGGGUUCCUAAUAUGGUGUUUUCUCCCCUUCUCUCCUUUAUCUGUUCCCUCAUUUGGAGCUCAUUAAUAGAAGGCAAGGGACCGAUUGAUGGCUGAUUACACGCAAAAGAUUUGCUUCUUAAAAACCCGGAGCCACUUCUGUAUUCUGUGGGUCACAUCAAAUUUCUGCUUAGAUUUUCUGUGAUUUAUCACAAAUUAAAUCAUUAAUUUAUUUCUGUGAAGUGUGCAGGGUAAAAAUUCUUGAGAUCCUGUUUGAUUAUGUGGACUUAAAGUAGCAAUGUAUCAUUUGAGAAGUCCUGCAUUUCUCUCCCUCACUUCCUGUCUAAUGUUUCGGCCUCAUUGUACAUCGGCAAAUCUACACACAUGCACACACAAGGGUUUGGACUGUAAACUUCAAAACAGUGUUUACUGUCAAUAUUCAGCUUCAGUUUUAUUCUAGAGGAACAUGCGUCUUUUCCUCGAGACUUUGAUUACUACCUGGGUUUGAUUGUUAAAUCAAAAAGUAUUUAUUCCAUCACACAACUCUAAAACCCAGAGAAAUCUAUAUAAAAUUAUCAGUUGUAUCUGUCUAAUCCUAAUUCAUCCAGCAAAUUUGUACUUCUAUCUAAGCCAAGGACACUCAUUGGCAUCGUUCAAUCCCAAGCCCCUUACUCUAACCAUCACAAAUAAAUGCCUAUGCCUAACUCUAACCUAAAUUCUAACCCUUACCAAAACCUAAUUCCAACCCUAAAAGCAAGACCCUCAAACAGUCCAUUGAAAGUGAAGACCAGCCACAAUGUCCUAAGUUCCUGUACGUACACAGCUGUGAGUCUCACCUGUAACCCUUUUCUGUGUUCAAUCAGAUCUGUACUUUCCAAGCUAUGCUCCUACUACACAUGUGGAUCAAUAAAUUAUUUCUCCACCA